CUGGCGCGGGCCCGAGCGCGGGCGCCGGCCAUGCUCAUCACGCUGUGUUACCUGUACCUGUGGGCGCGCUGGGGGCGCCGGCCGGCCGCGCUGGUGCGGUCCACGGUGCGGCGGCUGCGUGCUUCGCGCUGCUCCUUCACCUUCUGCCGCGCGGCCGCUCAGCCCGGAGGCGCGCUCGUGUGCCUGAGCCGGGGCGGCCGCGUCUUCUGCGUCGGCGAGAGCCAGUCUGUUGAUGACUUGAACAAAUGGGCCCUGUUUCUGGUGUCUCCCUUCAUACUUGAGGCAGAACAUAUAGCGUUUGUGACAGAGAGCAUUUGGGUACAAGGCACCAGUUUCCAGGAGCCAUUGUCUUCAGAAACCGUUGUAAAAUGGUCGGACUGCUGUUUGCCGUUAGCUUGCCGACCUGGGGACCCCUACCAGUUAAUUGCUAAAGCAAGCGUGGACAACUUCAGCAAGCUCGGGGCGGCUUUCAUGGAGGACAGGCUCCAGAUGGAUAACGGCCUGAUAGCACAGAAGAUCGUGUCAGUCCACUUAAAGGAGCCUGCUCUGAAGGAACUUGGCAAGGCCUCCGACAAGCAAGUGCAGGCCCCAGUCCUGGGCCCUGAAGCUUCCUCUGAGGCCCAGCCUGCCCAAGGUGCCAUGGAGAAUGCUGGCCAGGGUGACUGGAAGGCUGGUGAUGAAGGCCCUUCCCCAUGGAAGAGGGGCUGUGCCCCUGGAAGUGAGCCUGCUGGAGAUGGAGAUCCAGGGCCGAGCUCUGUGGAGCUCUGUCAGCUCCACCUGUCCAGCUGCCACGAAUGUUUGGAGCUUGAGAAUAGCACCAUUGAGUCAGUGAGGUGUGCGUCUGCGGAGAGCAUUCCAGACCUUCCCUGUGUUCGCAGCAGCAGCAGCAGCAGCAGCAGCAGCAGCAUGGAGGGUGCUUCGGGCAAACUCUGUUCUGAGUGGAAAGCGAGGAGAGUCAACGUUUCUGGAAAGGCGCCCAAUAUCCUGCUGUAUGUGGGCUCUGGUUCCGAGGAAGCCCUGGGCCGGCUCCAGCAGGUGCGGUCUGUCCUGACCGACUGUGUGGACACGGACAGCUACACUCUCUACCACCUGCUGGAAGACAGCGCUCUGAGGGACCCGUGGCCCGACAACUGCCUCCUGUUAGUUAUCGCCAGCAGGGAUCCUAUCCCCAAAGACAUAUACCACAAGUUCAUGACCUAUCUUUCUCAGGGAGGGAAGGUGCUGGGCCUGUCUUCCCCCUUCACGUUCGGUGGCUUUCGGGUGACCAGGAGAGACGUGCUGCGGAACACAGCCCAGAACUUGGUUUUCUCUAAGGCUGAUGGGAGUGAGGUUCGGCUCAGUGUUCUGAGCAGCGGCUACGUUUAUGAGGAAGGCCCGAGCCCAGGCAGGCUCCAGGGCUACCUGGAGAAUGAAGACAAGGAUACGAUGGUUGUGCAUGUGCCUUUUGGAACCUGCGGAGGGGAAGCCAUUCUCUGCCAGGUGUAUCUGGAGCUCCCUCCAAGCGCUUCCCUGGUGCAAACCGCAGACGACUUUAAUGUGCUCAAAUCCAGCAACAUGAGAAGACAUGAGGUCCUUAAGGAGAUCCUUACUGCCCUUGGUCUGAGCUGUGACACACCACAGGUUCCCACCUUAACUCCAUUGUACUUACUGCUGGCUGCUGAGGAAAUCCAGGAUCCGUUUAUGCAGUGGCUCAGGAGACACGUGGAUCCUGAAGGAAUCAUAAAAUCCAGCAAGCUCUCCCUUCAGUUUGUUUCCUCCUACACGUCUGAAGCUGAGAUCACCCCGUCUUCCAUCCCCGUAGUCACCGACCCGGCCUUCUCAUCAGAGCACUUUAACCUCGAGACCUAUCGACAGAAUCUGCAGACCACGCGCCUUGGGAAAGUAAUUCUGUUUGCAGAAGUGACCUCCACAACCAUGAGUCUCCUGGAUGGGUUGAUGUUUGAGAUGCCGCAGGAAAUGGGCUUAAUCGCCAUCGCAGUCCGGCAGACCCAGGGCAAAGGAAGGGGCCCAAAUGCCUGGCUGAGCCCUGUGGGAUGUGCCCUUUCCACUCUGCUGCUCUCCGUCCCCCUGAGGUCACAGCUGGGACAGAGGAUUCCAUUUGUCCAGCAUUUGAUGUCCCUGGCUGUGGUGGAGGCGGUUCGGUCUAUCCCAGAGUAUGAGGAUAUCAACUUGCGAGUGAAGUGGCCCAACGAUAUUUAUUACAGCGAUCUCAUGAAGAUCGGUGGAGUUCUGGUUAAUUCAACACUUAUGGGAGAAACAUUUUAUAUCCUCGUUGGCUGUGGAUUCAAUGUGACGAACAGUAAUCCUACCAUAUGUAUCAACGACCUCAUCGAAGAAUACAAUAAGCAGCACAAGGCCAGCCUGAAGCCCUUGCGAGCCGACUAUCUGAUUGCUAGGGCCGUAACGGUGCUGGAGAGACUAAUCGACAGGUUUCAGGACCAAGGGCCCGACGGCAUUCUUCCUCUCUAUUAUAAAUACUGGGUGCAUAGUGGUCAGCAAGUCCGCCUGGGCAGCAGCGAGGGGCCACAGGUGUCUAUUGUGGGCCUCGAUGAUUCCGGGUUCCUGCAGGUUCACCAGGAUGACGGUGGGGUUGUGACGGUGCAUCCAGAUGGCAACUCCUUCGACAUGCUGAGAAACCUCAUCGUGCCCAAGCGACAAUAACACCUCCGUGUGUCCGCACACAGCUUGGGUCUGGCGCAGCAGCAGGCCUCCACGGGAAGCCGCUCCUGGGCUCUGAGUGGGUGCACUCUGCUUGCAUAACUGUUGUCUCUGCCUGCCUAGGGCCUGGGAAGCUAAUGCAGAGGCAGAGGCCAGUGACCUUUGUUAAUUCUUCAGGUUGUGGGUUCCCUGCCCCCACCCUCUCCUCACCCCAGGGAUUGUUUUGUUUUGUUUUUAAAAUAUCUGUGGUUUUAUUGGGUGUUUGAAGGUGAGGAUUGACUGACAGGUAAGGAAGAGUCAGUUCAGCCUAGGAGUUUAGUUUGCCUUGUGCAGUGUAGAAGUACUCUUCUCCAUGUGGGCUUGGAUUUGUGUGUACUGGGGGGGGAUGAGGAGCAAGGGUUGGGAAUAGCCAUGAGAUGGUACAAAUAUAUCCCAAGGAGCGAAGGCCUUUAGCCCUCUGCUGUUAAAGCAAUGAACGCCCACAGCUCAGGUAAACGCUCAGCGCUGUCCCAGAACACACACAUUGGAUUGUUACUGUUUUCCUUACUCAGGUUGGGCUUCUUGUGGUAGCCUGGAACACAGGACUGAAGGAUAGCCUCAGAAAUGCUGCUAGCCAGCAUUAGCGCCCUUCCUAGGGUCCGAUCUGUCAAGUUUUGGAGUUUAAGCCAUGAUGGCAGCUUCCUUGGAGGCAGAGGCUUGCCCAGGCUGAUGGAGAUGUGGGCUCACCCUCUGAUCCACACAAGGCGGGGUUCUUGGAGCUUUUAAGCUGAUUAGCCACAGGCUCUGUUUGUUAGAAGUGGUGCGUCCCCAUAAGCCUGUGUUCUCAAGCAGGGCCGAGUGUAGUGCUGCACUGUACGUCGUGACUUUCUGCCCCUUAUUUCCUAAUGUCAUGAAAGAGAGAGAGAGACUGACACAAAAUGCCAUCAGUUUGGAGAGAUGUAUGCACGUGCAGUGCAUGCCUGAUUGCGUGCGUGUGCCUGUGCGUAUGCAUAUGUGUGUGGGGCAGGGAAGGGCUUUAAAAGGAGAUGUUCAAAACUGGAUGAGCUAAAAGUCUCCGUGGAAGAACAAAGGAAAGGAAGCCUUUCUAGGUUUGUGUCUCCAGAUGUGCUCCGUGCUUUUCCAUGUACCUCCCGUCUCUGUGGAGCUUGUGAAUCAUACCCAUCGCUGCCCAGCCUGAAAGAACUAGUUCCUGUCUGCCCUCCUGCUUCCUGCCACUUCCACUGAAGUGGGUGGAAAGGAAACGACAGAACAGAGCACUCAGCUUUGAACAAGAUCCUCAUCAUAAACGAGUACCAUCUUUAUCCAGCUUACGUACUCAGGCCAACUCCAGAAAGCAGAGGUUUUCAGGAUAGAAAGCCAUCCACCCUGAGCCUGGCACAGACAGCCCCGUUUGAAGCAGAACCAACAGGUAAACAACACCGACCUGACACGUGUUUGAGGGAAUAUGACUUUAAAAGAACUUGAAAGUAACUUUUUUUGCAAACAGGACUUUGAUUAAAAUUUUUCUCAAGAGAAAAAUAUAUAUAUAUGUUUUAGUUCCAAUAUUUUUUAAAAUUCAUGCAAGUUUAAAUAAAAUUGUACACCACCCAAAAUUACAAGAUGACGGGCCCUUGAGAGAGCGUCUGUAAAAUAUCAUCAAGAACAAAGAUCUGCAGGCUUGAUGUCGCAAAGCUUCAUUUCUCAGACUUUGUAAUAUAAGGCUGUUCAUCUCUCAGGACCGCCAUCAUUACAUUUUAAAUUUCUAUGGGGAUUAUUUAAUGAAAAACACGCUCUGUUUUAUUUUAAGCUGAAGGCCUAUUCUGGAUAGUUCUACUUUGGGGAAAAAAUGUUAUCAUUUAAUUUCUUUUCUGUAAGUUAAAACUAGUGAAGUGUGGUCAUAUCAGAACAGACAGACAUGUUCUGGGCAUGCUGUUGGUCUUGGAGUAGUUAGAGGACUUAGGGUGUUCUUGCUUAUACAGACAUGACACUCCUUGUGUUGAGAAACAAAAUAGCCUGAGGCAGAUGCUGCAUUUCCCAUUAGCCUGACUUUGCCUCACAUGAACCAAAGACUUCAGAUUCCACAUCGUAGAGAGCAUUCUGCUGAUGGAGGUGUGAAGGCUCCCACCGUACCUGUCACAUGUGAGGGUAUUUACAAAACUCAGCAUCCGGGAUCUCCAGGAACUUUACAAGUCUCCUAGUUUUGCUGCCUCCUAAUCUUGAGGCAUGGCCACCUAACUCCGAAUCUGCCAUAGAGCAGGUUACUCCUAGUGUAAAUCUGCUUAUAUAUCUACGCCUGGCUGUUGGUGUAGCACCAACAUAGCAAAACUAGGUUUCACAUGGCGCAGCUGAAGCGAUGAAGGAGUCCUUACAGGGAGGGCUAGAAGCGACGGACCUGUGUCCUGUGGAUCUAUCUCACCACGAGGAAUGAUGGGACCCAGCGUGGAAGUAGUGCCGUGUCAGAGGCUUGAACAAAUACACACCCAGUGAGGAACAACAGAAGUCUGGAGAUCCCCCACGCCUAGGACACAGUGUGGUAGUCCCUGGCCUGGCUCACCUAACGCUUCCAGAAUGCAGGAGUCUUAGGGUCUCUGCUGCCCUGACAGACCAGAAAUGGGACAUCCUCAUUCCUGGCUCAUCUCUAUGCAUCUUUGAAAUAAACAAAAAUGUAAACCUUUGCUAUUUUUUUUUUUUAUUUUUUAGCUUUUCAAAGAAUCAUCUCUGAAAAGAAUUACUAUAAACCCAUGCCUAUAAAGUAAUUCUACCAAAAUAAACUUAGGAUUUUGACUGCUGCUCCAGUCCGUUCUUGCGUACCCCAGUUCAUUAAGAAUGGCCACUAGCUUCUAGCUGCACUGUUUUUAUUUGAUAUUUAAACAUGCUUUCAUAACAAAGAUCAUGUGUAAGAAUUCAGCCAUCUGGGACUUUGUGACUUUUUAUGUAUUUUUGGCAGAAAGGAUAUCUUACUAGUUCACAAAGGCUCAAAGUACAAACAUCUUUUAACUGAAAUGAGCGCUUGCCGACUCUGUCCUUUCCAGGUAUUUCCGCUAUGAGAACUGAUCAACUUUCAUUAAAGAGACUUCUGUCCUGA